AGCGCAUUAUGAAUACAAAUUCAAUUAGCACGGACGGUAGAUUGGGCGCGGCCCACUUAUAAUUUUUGGGGGGAGGCACAUUAUCAGAGGAAUGUCUGAUAAGGCAUCUAGGCAGAUCGCAUCAGCUAGAAAGAUCUCUGAUAAGAUGUGCGUAUAAAUAAUGCCCGGCGCAGCUCGGCAAAGUCAGUUCAACAGUUUCAUCUAACCACGACGGACAGCUCCACGGAUACCAAACCCACCCAAGAUGAAAGUGUUCGCUCUGACUCUGCUCGGCCUUUUGGCUUUGGCGCAGGCGCGCAUCGAUUACAAGCUGCAGUGCACCCGGGAUGAGGUGGGCAUACGCUGGCCCAGCUAUUACAGCAACUCCGAGUACUAUGUCUGCCAGAGCGUCUACGGCAGCCAGCUGACUGUGCACUGUCCCGCCGGCCAGGUCUUCACAUUUGUGCUGCAGCAGUGUGCCGCCCCAGCUCUGUAUGUGCCCGCUCCGCCCAUGGAUGUGUUGCCGACGGCGGCACCCAUAACGACGCACCUGGUCGACGAGGCGCCGCCUGUGCUGGCGUCCGUUGGCGGCGUGCAGCCCAUUCAUGCCCAUGAGCCCGCCCAGGAGCAGGUUGUGCAUGCGCUGCCGCUCGAUCCCACACCGCCCACACCGCCCACGGAGCCACCGACGCCGCCCACCGUGGCCGUCGAGGCGCCCAAGCCCGGCAAGAAACCGACCGCACCACAGCCGCCAAAGGCUGCCGCGCCCAAGAAGCCCGCCGCCAAGAAGCCCGCGGCCCCGGCUCCGCCCAAGGCGGCCAAGAAGCCAACGCCUCCCAGCAAGGCACAGAAGAAGCCCCCAACCCAAAGCUCGGCUUAGAGAGGCAGGCGUCUCCUUUCCAGCUCCAGUUCCAUUCCCGGAGAAUCAACAACUAAAAUUAAUGUUCAACAAGCGGAAUUUCAUUCAAAACUCUA